AUGGUGGGCAGCGUGGACAGGAACCACGAGCCGGCCCACUCCAACGGGACCCAUCUGAACGCCGCCGGCGGCAGCGCCGUCGAGGAGAAGGUCGACGAGCUCCGCCGCCUCCUGGGCAAGUCCGACGGCGACCCCCUAAAGAUCGUCGGCGUCGGCGCCGGCGCCUGGGGCAGCGUUUUCGUCGCCCUCCUUCAGGAUGCCUACGGUAGCUUCCGCGACAAAGUCCAGAUUAGGAUAUGGCGGCGCGCGGGGAGGUCCGUAGACAGGUCCACCGCAGAGCACCUCUUCGAGGUCAUCAACUCCCGCGAGGACGUCCUCCGCCGCCUCAUCCGCCGCUGCGCGUACUUGAAAUACGUCGAAGGGCGGCUCGGGGACAGGACCCUCUUCGCCGACGAGAUCUUGAAGGACGGGUUCUGCCUGAACAUGAUCGACACGCCGCUGUGCCCGAUGAAAGUGGUGACCAAUCUGCAGGAGGCGGUGUGGGACGCGGAUAUCGUGGUCAACGGCCUGCCCUCCACGGAGACCCACGUUGUGUUCCAGGAAAUCAGCAGGUACUGGAAAGAGAGGAUCACCGUGCCCAUCAUCAUCUCUCUCGCCAAGGGAAUAGAGACGGAGCUAGAGCCUACGCCGCGCAUAAUCACGCCCACCCAGAUGAUUAAUCGCGCAAGUGAGGCUUUUUUCCUCUCUGAUUUGAAAUUUCCAUCAUUUCGAAAUCAAUUUUUUCUGUUCUUCGGCGGCUCUAACCUGUUCUUUGUCGAAAAUCUACAGUUCGUCCGUCUUUGUGAUCAUUUUGCCACAUUUCCUCGUCAUUCAUUCAAUCAGUUUCCGCCACCAUUGAAGAAACCUUAAAUGGAUUUUUUUUUGUGAUCAUUUUUUGAAAAUUCACUGUGGUGAGGGUAGAAAAUGUUGCCAUGAUAUGUUUGUAGGAAACGGGUGAGCCUGCCACUUUCGGAUACGACUCUCUAUCCCAGUAGAAUGCUGGGGGAGCUAAAGUCUUAAAAUAGGAAAAAAAAAUAAAAAUGUCAGAUUGCCUGCAUGAUUCCUCAGUCUGCUAUGAAUCCCCUUUUUCCUUGUUUUUUAUGCAUCAAUAAAUACGGUUUUGCCUCUUAACAUUUAGUCACAUAACCAAAAAAAAAAAGAGAAAAAAAAAAACUUGUUCAAUCCUUUGACCUCCUUUGCUUGACCAGGGCGAUCUCUGAGUAGCCCAUGUAGAUGUUUCCUUCACACAGUAAUCAUAGUGAAGAAUUGUACCUCCAGUGCAGCAUCAAUUAACUCAAUAUUAUCCAUUAUGCGGUUUAAUUUACCAUGCUGGGAGAGCUUUUUAUGACAUAUGAAGCUCAUCUGCCUCCCCACUCAAUCCCCCUUCUAACAUAUCAUUUUUAUUUAUUUAUUUAUUUAUUUUAUUAUUACACCUGCAUGGCAGCUGGAGUCCCAAUAGAGAACAUCCUCUAUCUGGGAGGGCCCAACAUUGCUUCAGAGAUUUAUAACAAAGAGUAUGCCAACGCUCGAAUAUGCGGAGCAGAGAAGUGGAGGAAGCCGCUCGCGAGGUUCUUGAGGCAGCCUCAUUUCAUCGUGUGGGACAACAGCGACCUUGUCACGCAUGAAGUGAUGGGCGGGCUGAAGAACGUCUAUGCAAUCGGUGCUGGUACGAGCCGCUGCUCUUUGCUUGUCUCAAUCUCAAUCUUUCUCGGGUAGCAGUAGUCUUAAUUGGAGGAUUUGAGACAAGAAUUGCAUCGGAUUCCUGUGAAUCAAGAUCCCCUUUAAUCGAAAUCUUCAAUCCUUCUUCAUUAAUAUUGUAAAUUAUUUUUAAAAAAUAAUUAUACCAAAUUUAGCGUACCAAGGCUGCUUCUUUCUUAUGAAUCAAGAUUCUCUUUCAUAAUGAUCUUUAUCUUUUUUGGCUGGUUGCUUAACUUUAGAUUUAAAGUAAGGCUACUUCUUCUAAUAAAUCAAGUUUUUAUUUUGAUUGAAGUGGAAGAUAUCUCAUGCGAGUCUUAAUGAUGGACAUUUGAAGCAUUAUUUCUUACGAGGUUUCUUCAGUUUUGAAAGAUAAAGAAACAGUGAGAUCCUCUUAUUCUUUUAACUGCUAAAAGUGGUAUGAACUUUGAUGGCGCUAUUUUUCUGCCAGUGGAUCUCUCUGCGGGUGGUCAGAGUUGACUUUCUGAGGAAGAUGCCAAAACUAGAAAAGAUCCAGAUUAGACUGGCUGAUGGCCACAGAUGAUUUUAAAGAGCUGCUUGGGUAUGGAGAGAUUCUCCAGCUGUGAUAAGUUAAGCUUUCGCAGCAUGUUAGGGGGGAUGAAGCAAAAGAAACUUGGGGCAGUGUUAACUUAUUCUCAUCUGACUGGUGACUAAAAGCAUAUUUAUAUCCACAAUUAAUCUACAAUAUUCCUUUAUUAAUCCUCACCCCUGUUCCUCGUAUAUUAUUUAUGUUGCAAGUGGACCCAGCAUAACUUACACUAAACACAAAGAGUAUAACGUCAAGGUGCAUGUUUUGAAAUCCUUUGAAGCGAAGAAAAUUGUGACUGCAAUGUAUGCCUACUCUUUGGUUAAGGUUUGAAUGACUUCUGAGCAGAAGCUGUUAUUAUCAUCUUAUUAUUAUUAUUAUUAUUAUUAUUAUUAUUAUUAUUAUUAUUUCCAUUGUUUUAAAAAAAUCAUUUGCUGUGGAAUCCACAGUUUAUCUUGCAGCAGUAAUCUCUUCUGGAUUUUAGAUGAUGGUUUAGUAUGAUUGCCUAGUAUUCAAUGCUGCCUAGCCCUCCCUUAUCGGUGCUCACGAUAUUGGGAUUCGGGCACUUUGAAAUCAUCAAAGUGCCGCCAUGCCUCCUCUGAAAUCAUCAAGAAGCCUUCUCUUGGUUCGAAUUAUCAGCCAAAUCGGCCACUAAUUUGAACAGUUUGUUAUCUGUUUUGCUUGAUCUCGAAUGAGGUUCACCCAGUUAAAAGAAAUCAGAGCCUGCAAAUUAAAAUUUGAUUUUGGGAAUUGAAAAAGGGGUUCUGCAGAGUUAUAUUUUUCUUCUUCUUCUCUAAGGAUUAUGUAUAAGCAGGCGAAUUAUGCAUUGUAAUUUAUUUUAUUAUUGCCUACGCUUCCGUAUCUUGAGCCAUUCAUGCUUGAGAAAAUUAAUUUAAAUAUCAUUCUCAAAAUUUAUAAUUUGAGAUGGCUCAUCCAAUAUUGAUGAUUAUCCUUUUAUCAAAAAAAAUUCAGGAAUGGUGGCAGCGCUGACAAACGAGAGUGCCACCAGUAAAUCCGUGUACUUUGCACACUGCACAUCGGAGAUGAUCUUCAUCACUCACCUCUUGACUGAGCAGCCAGAGAAGCUUGCGGGCCCCUUGCUCGCUGACACAUACGUGACCCUGUUGAAGGGCCGCAAUGCGUGGUAUGGGCAGAUGCUUGCUAAGGGGGAGCUGAGCCCUGACAUGGGUGAUAGCAUCAAGGGCAAGGGGAUGAUUCAGGUCCACUUCUCUCAUCUUCAUGGUGUUCACAGUCUCUCGAGAUCAUCUCCUCAUAUCCCAUGGACUUGGCUCUUUUGGGUUGAUAUGAAAUCCUGAGCCUGGAUGCUAGAACUAUAUAUAUAUAUAUAGAUCAUCUCCUUAUAUGCCAUGAACUUGGGUCUUUAGGGUUAAUAUGAAAUCCUGAGUCUGGAAGCUAGGAUUAUAUAUAUAUAUAUAUAUAUAGUCUUUUUAACAAUUUGCUCAUAAUUUUCUGCACCCACCCCCCCCCCUCUUUUUCUCCCCUUUCAGGGUGUCUCUGCUGUCGGCGCAUUUUACGAGCUGCUGAGUCAAUCUAGCUUGAAUGUGAUUCACUCUGAAGAGAAAAAGCCGGUCGCUCCAGUUGAGGUCUGCCCCAUCCUCAAGACAUUAUACAAGAUACUGAUUACAAGGUAUGCAUAUGAGUAUAUAUAUACAUAUGUGUUUAUAUUCGUAUUUAUGGGUUUCUUAAAUUGCUUCAAAGACCCAUCAAGAAAGAAUGAAACUUGACUAAUUCAUCAAAUUAGAAUAUCUCGAAGGGAUAAACAGGAAAAAAAAAAUAGUUGCAUGUUCAUAUCCAGAGGUGAUCCUCUCUCUUGAUUCCUCCUUUUCUUUUUCUUUUUCUUUUUUUUUUUUUGGUGCCAUCUACCCUGCGCAGCUGAGUACCUUGAUUGGCUUGAAUUUCUUCUUUUUUUUUAAGUAGCAUCAUCUCGAAAAACAUUACCCAUAUAUUUAUAUGUAUAUAUAUAUAUAUAUAUAUUCAUAUAUUUAUUGGGUUUCAACAGGGAAUACACGUCUCAGGCGAUUCUCCAAGCAUUGAGAGAUGAAACCAUGAACGAUCCACGCGAUCGCAUUGAGAUCGCCCAGAGUCAUUCCUUCUACAGGCCGUCUCUGCUCGGCCAGCCAUGA